AUGUUACAGCGGCUCCGUGGUCUAGUGAUGCCAAAGAGAAAAAAAGCAAUUACUGAUAGACAACGGCGUGAGAGAGACAGAGCUCGAAAGAGACAGCAGAGACAGAAGUCUGUAACUGAGGAAACGUCAGAGUUCUCUGUUCCUGGCAGGACGGAGGAUGGAGCUGUCUUAGCUCCUCCCGGUAAUUUUCCGGGGCUUGGUUUGAUGGGGUUUCCACCUAAAGAGGAAAAACCCCUGGCCAGGGUGCAGGCCUCACCUCGAGUGAGAAUGCAUUCACCUGCCCCGAGGUUGCCAUCUCCUCGGGGAAGUCGUCUGUUUGUCCGUAACGAGGACAAGGCACCGUCCCCUGACUCCUCACCGUGGGUUUGUGCUCCACCGAGGGCACCUGGAUUGGACAUGUGGCAUAUGUCUGAUCCAGCAGGUCAGGCGCAGCUGGAUACCUCCAGGGAGGAGGAGACCAGUAGGAUAUCAAAAGAUGAGGGCACUUUAACGGAUACAAAAACGAAAACUGAACGAAUAUUAAAAGGAAAUUUGAACGAAUACAAUAUAGAAUCUGAAAGAGAAACAAAUAUAAAUGAGAAUGAGAACAAUGAGAAACAUAAAAUUUCAGAAAACUGUGGUGAAGAGAAUUUGAAUGAAGGAAUUGAUCAGUGUUGGCAGAAAUCAUGGAAGAGAGGUAACUAUGACAUAUAUUACUCCAUUCAGGGUUCAUUUCAUCAAGCUCACCCUAUAUUUGAAGAGAAUGCUGGGACACAAUGUGUUACUAAUUGUUUAGCAGGAUUAGCCUAUCACAAACUUAAAAAUGCUAAGAAUUGGACAACAAUGGAUAUGGAUAGGAUUUUAAUGACAGGUGAUGAAUUGUAUACAUAUUUGCAAAGAAGCUCAUCAAUCAAUGAUAGGUAUUUGCUUGUUGAAGAAUUACCACAACUCUUUGAAUGCUUUAAUCGGUCAUACCAAUUCCAUGCUAAUGAGGCAGUAGCAAGUGUUAUUAUGGCAACUGAUUGCUUAAACUAUGCAGAGUUUAAUGCAUUGCCACUAGACAAAGCACUUCAGGUUGCACUUACAGACACUGAUGGCUGUUUUGUAUGCUUUGGUGGAAAUACUAUGCUAAUAGGAUCAACAGAAAAUGGCUUUUUUGCUUUUGAUUCCCAUUCUAGAUCUUCUGAUGGAAUGUUAAGUGUGACUGGAAAGAGUACAAGGAUUUUAUUUCAAAAUGUAAAUGAAGUGUAUUCAUAUCUUCAAGGUCUUGCUCUUUCAAUGGGAUAUUCUGAGGGUGUUGAGUGUAAUUUGAGUGGCGUAACCUGCAAAAUGAAUUUUAUUGCAAAUGUCAGUACUUUGCUUGAGGAGGAAGAGGAUACAAGUAAAUUGCCUAAAAGUUCCGAGCUUUUGGUGGAAACUACUGUUGAAUCCUGUGAUAGGAAUGAUGAUGUGAUCUUUGUUGAUCAUGAACAAUUACAGUAUAGUUUUAUCCCUCUGACUAAUGAUAUGAAAAAACACAUUUGUCAGGAAUUGAACAUUCCCUUCAUUAGCAGAAGAAAUGCUCCUGAGGCCCAGUGUUAUAGGACCAAUAUCACAGAACCUAGGUUUGAGAAAGAAAUUUUAGGGGAUGGAAACUGUUUUUUUAGAGCUGUUUCAUUCAGCCUUACUAACUCAGAGGAUUUCCACAAUAUAAUACGCAAAGCUGUCUGUGAACAUAUGAUGGGAAACAAAGAAUUAUAUAAAUCAUUCCUAAAAGAUGGUAUACAAUCUGUUGAAAGUCACAUAUCCUCUACUCAAAUGUCACAAGAAGGUACAUGGGCUACUGAGGUGGAAAUAUUUGCAACAGCUCAUUUACUAAACAUUGAUUUAUAUACAUACUCAGAAGGGUGUUGGUUAAGGUUUUCAGUUGCAGAGGUUGAUCCUUGUAGGCAAAGUAGAACUGGAGCAAUUUAUCUGAACCACUACCAACAGAACCAUUACAAUGUAGUUCUAUCUGUAAAUGGAGAAGAGUUAGACUUGCAACCAAUGGAACAGAAUAAAAUUCCUCAGGAAUAUCAGAAGCGAUACCGAAACCGAACACGUAUGCAGGAGAGAAGGCAAGCUACAUCAAAGGUACAAAAAAUAUCAAAUGCAUCAGAGAAACGGAGACAGUCUUUGAGGAAAAGGUACCAGGAGGAUGUACAAUUUAGAGAGAAGAAAAUGAAAAGGUACUUGAAUGACGCAGAAUUCCAAGCUAAUGUAAAACUAGUUAGCAAAACAAAGUAUUAUAAUGAUUCCGAGUACCACAGUAGAACUAAAAAGAGAAGUAUUGACAAGUAUGCAAAAAAUGAUGAUCAUAGGGAAGAUGUGAAAAAGAGAAGUAUUCAAAAAUAUGCAGUAAAUGAGGAACAUAGGGAAGAUGUGAAAAUGAGAAGUAUUCAGAAAUAUAAUAGUAAUGUUAAACACAGAGAAAGUGUAAAAGCAAAAAGCAGACGGAAGUACAAUUCAGAUGAAAUGCACAGAAAUCUUGUAAAUAAGUCAAGUACAAAGAGAUACCAAGAAAAUGAAAGCUUCCGGGAGAGAAAACUUCAUGUUGCAGCUGAGAAUUAUAAAAAUGAUCAAUGUUUCAGAUCGAAACAAAAAGCUUUCAGUAAAAAGCAAUACAAUUCCAGUGCGAUAACAAAAAUGCAAAAAAAGAUGAAAGUUAAAAGUAGGAGAAUUGCUCAACGAGCUAGACUUGAAAAUCAGGAAGAGGUAGUUAGAGUCUUUAAAGAAAAAGCUAUGCUGGGCAUAGAUUAUACAUGUUGUUGUUGUGAUCGUCUCUUCUUUCCAAACCAAGUUCAAAGAUGUGAACGAGAAACAUAUGCAAAGAAUGAGAAAGCAGCAAAUAUUGCAAACUUGUGCAUUCAGGAAAAGUAUUGUCACCAGUGCUCAGAGUCAUGUACGGAGAACUGCGUUAAGUCAAAGUUAUGGAUUUGUUUCACUUGUCACAGGAAAAUUAUGAGGGGUUCUAUUCCAGCAGAAGCAGCAUUUAACAAAAUGGCCCUUGAAGAUAUUCCAAAGGAAUUGAAAGAACUAAACAGCCUUGAGAAACACUUAAUUGCAAUACACAUACCUUUUAUGAAAGUCAUGGCUCUUCCUCAUGGUGGUCAGAAAAAUAUCCACGGGCCAGUAGUAUGUGUACCAUCAGAUCUAAAGAAAGUUACAAGUUUGCCAGUGAAACCUGGUGAGGAUCUUCUGCUUAGAGUGAAACUGAAGAGAAAAUUGAAUUAUAAGGGGUACAUCGAAUACCAGUUUGUUGAUCCAAAGCACAUAUUCAAUGCAUUAAAUUUUUUAAAACGAAACAAUCAGUGGUAUGAAGACGUAGCUAUAGAUGCAAACUGGAAAGGAAAUUUUAACAAUUUUCAGGAAAUGUCAGAGAGUGAUGAUCUGUUAUCAGAUGAUGAUGAUGAUCAGCAGCACAUUGCAACAGAUACUUGUUUACAACCUGUUGAUAUUGCUCAGGAGGUUCUUGAUCAUUACUUUGAUGAUAUUUAUGAUAUUGCUCCAGGAGAAGGAAAUAAUCCAGUAAGGAUGUUAGAGGAAGAAGGAAAUGAGGCUAAAACAUUUCCAUACCUUUUUCCAAGUGGGCGAUUUUCGUGGAAUGACAAUAGAGAAAAACGAAUAACACUGUCAAGAUACUUCAACAACCGACUGAUGAACACUGAUGGAAGAUUUGCAAAAGACAGUAGUUAUAUUUUUUUCAGUCAGUUUUUGUCUGAUUUAAACCAGGUUAUAGAGAAGACACAAAUAUCAAUUAGAAAAUCAGCCAGGAGAAUAGGAAGUGACCAGUUUGUGACAUCAGAUAUGAUACAAAAUCCUGAAGUACUUUCGAAGUUGAUGAAGAAUGAUGAGGCUUUGCGAUUCAUGCAACCUAUACGUGGAACGCCAGCGUAUUGGUCAGCAGCCCAAAAGGAUCUUUUUGCUAUGCUUCGGCAAUUAGGAAUACCUACUUGGUUUUGCUCAUUUUCUGCCGCUGAGCAUAGAUGGAAUGAUGCAGUUGCCACUAUAUUGAGACAACAAUGUGACAGCAGGGAUCCCUGUGUGAUGGACUGGUCUGAAAAGAAUGAGGUGCUGAGAAGCAAUCCUGUAACAGUUGCAAGAAUGUUCGAACACAGAUUUCAUGUUUUCCAAACAGAAGUGAUAUUUUCACCAUUAGAACCAAUUGGAAAAGUAUCAGAUUUUUUCCAAAGAGUCGAAUUCCAACAGAGAGGGUCUCCCCACAUGCACUGCUUAUAUUGGAUAGAAAAUGCUCCAAAACUUCAUGAAGAUGGAGAGGAAGCCGUAUGCAAUUUCAUUGACAAAUAUGUUAGUUGUGCAGUGCCUUCUCAGAAUGAAGAUUUGGAAUUAAGGAAUAUUGUCUUGGCAGUACAGCAGCACAGCAGAAAACACUCCAAGUCAUGCAGAAAGAAGGGCACAGACUGUAGAUUUAACUUUCCAAGACCACCCUCUAUAUGUACAUUCAUAAAUUCUCCUGUCGAGGAAGAGAGCUUGGAAAAUGCAGCAGAAACUACUGAUUUGAAACAUGAACGCUCAAAUUCUAAAGAAAUAUUACUGAGAGUUUGGAAUGAGGUGCAAGAUGAAGUAAAUGAACCACGCACUACAGAAGAGAUUUUUGAGAAUCUGGGUUUAACACAAGAGCAGUAUGAGGAUGCACACAAAAGAUUAGCAAAGAAGAGAACAGUUAUUCUAGAAAGAAAUCCAUGCGAGCUCUGGAUCAAUCAGUAUAAUCCAUGUCUUUUGAAAUGCUGGGAUGCCAAUAUGGAUAUUCAAUUUGUUUUGGAUCCAUUUAGCUGCAUUGUCUACAUAAUUUCGUACAUUUCAAAGUCUGAGAGGGAAAUGGGAAUGGUGUUGAAACAAACCAAAAUAGAGGCAGAAGAAGGAAAUGAAAGUGCACGAACAACUUUAAAGAAAAUUGGUUCUGCCUAUUUAAAUCAUAGGGAAGUCAGCGCACAGGAAGCUGUAUACCGUGUAUGCAACUUGAAAAUGAAAGAAUGUUCAAGAAAAGUAGUAUUUGUGCCUGUAGGUGAAAAUCCAACUCGAUUAACGAAACCACUGUCACUGCUGAAUAGAAAACAUAGUAAGGGGGAUGAUGAACAUGAUGAGAAUGACGACGAUGAAGAUGACAUUUGGAUGACAAAUAUAGUGGAAAGGUAUGCAAAUCGACCAAAUAAACCCUUGUUUCAGAAUAUGUGUUUGGCUGAGUUUUGCUCAGAAUUCCGAGUACUUGCUAAAUCACAGGUUCCAAAGAGUUUAAACGAAAAUGUUUUUGAACUCCAAAAUAAUAAGGGAUUUAUCCAAAGAAGAACACGCACAAAACCAGCUGUAAUAAGAUACCCCAGAUUCAGUGCAGCAAAAAUGCCAGAAAAUUAUUUCCAAAGCCUACUUCAAUUGUUCUUGCCGUACUGGACAGAGCUUCAAUUAAAACCUCCAGGAUUUGAUCUCUAUGAAACAUUUUAUGAAAAUGGACAUGUCAGAAUCACAGGAAAGAAAAAUGUGGAAUCAGUCAAAGCAAUUGUUGAUGCAAACCGAUUGCGUUAUGCUCAAAAUGAAGAACUAAUUGCAGAGGCUCAGGAGACUUUUGAAAACAUCGGAGAACUGGAGGAUGCAUGGGCAAACCUUUGUCCUGAGACAGAACUAGUGAGAGAGGAAUGUUUGUAUGAGAGAAAUAAAAGUUUGGAAUUGAAUGUGACAGAAGAUUUGCCAGACAUGCAAACAGAAAAGAAUUGGGAUGUUCUUUUCAAAGUAGAACAGAGUACACAGUCAAAUGAGGAGUCAUUACAAAUCCUACAAAAUUUAAACGAGACGCAAACAAAGGUUUUUUACUUAGUUCGGGAGUGGUGUUUGGAAAAACAGUUUGGAAAAAAAACUGACGCACUUCACAUAUUUAUAACUGGUGGAGCAGGAACAGGCAAAAGUCAUCUGAUCAAAGCCAUACAUUUUGAGGCAUCGCGAAUACUUGGAAAGAACUUGACAUCUCCUGACAGUGUAUCGGUACUACUUGCUGCUUUCACUGGAACAGCUGCAUUCAAUAUUGGGGGAAAUACUAUCCAUCAUUUAUUUUCACUGCCCAAAUAUAUGUCUUUGCCAUAUGAACCAUUGAAAGAACAGAGUCUUAGUGAAAUGAGAGUGCAGCUUGGAGACCUGCAAAUUCUGAUUAUUGAUGAAAUUUCAAUGGUUUACAAAAGAUUAUUGUACUAUGUUCAUGAAAGACUUGUACAGAUUAAAAAAUGCAAGGAACCAUUUGGAGGAGUUUCUGUGAUAGCUGUUGGAGAUUUCUACCAGCUUCCUCCAGUAAAACAGCGAAAAAAUGAAAGGCUGUAUAAAGAAAAUGCUGUUUACCCUGUUGAUCAUUGGCUUGACUUUUUCAAAGUGGUGGAGUUAUCUGAAAUUAUGCGGCAACGUGAAGACAUCCCAUUUGCAAAAGCAUUGAAUUCACUUAGAUGUAGAGAAGUAAAAGAACCACUGGAAUAUGAAACAAAUUCUAUCCUGAAAGAAUGUGUAAGGGAAGGGCCAAAUAAUGUGCUUCACGUCUAUGCAACAAAUGAUGAAGUCAAUGCCUAUAACUUGACAAUGCUAAGGGGUACCUGUGAAGACAUUGUUGAGAUUGACGCGCAAGACUUUACCAAAGAUAGAUCAUCAGGCAAGCUAAUAUUAAGAAGCAAGCCAUUGGCAAGAGCAAAAACAGACAAUCUUUCUAGCAGUUUGUUAAUGGGAGUUGGAGCAAGAGUCAUGCUUACAAGAAACUGCAAUGUAGAAGACGGACUAGUAAAUGGAGUUAUGGGACAUAUAACACAUUUUGUAUAUGGUCAAAUACAUGGUGUGAACACUGUUAUUGCAGUAGGAGUAAAAUUUGACAACAUCAAUGUUGGGAUGAAGUCUGGAAAUAAAACAAGAAAUGGAAACAUCGUUCUGCUUGAAAGAAUUCAAGAGGAGAUACUAGAACAGAAGACAAAAAAUGUUGUUCGAUAUCAGUUUCCAUUACGAUUGUCUUGGGCAUGCACAGCUCACAAAGUACAAGGCAUGACAGUUGACAAGGUUGUUGUAAAUUUAGAUCGAACAUUUUCUCCUGGACAAGGAUACGUUGCAUUGAGCAGAGUUACGUCAAAACAAGGAUUAUUUAUCGAAACAAAUGACAUUGAGUCGAUACAGAAAAAGAUAUACGCUGACCCAGAAGUCAAAUCAGCAUUGCAAGGAAUGCCAAAAUUGAUACUACCAAACUUUGAUGCAUCAAAACAAGGCAUUACGAUGUAUUUACAUAACAUUCAGAGUCUCAAUAAACAUUUUGAAGAUCUGAGAAAGGAUAUUCGCUGUAGGAAUGCAGACAUCAUUUGCUUGACAGAGACUUGGUUGAGAUCUGGACAAAAUGUUAGUUUAUUUAAAAUAAACGGUUUCAAUUUUCACCAAGCGACAAGAGAAGAUGUAUAUGAUGAGAGCAAUGCUCAAGUGUCAAAGCUGCGUGCAUCAAAGGGUGGAGGUGUUGCAGUUUACAUCAGAGAAACUGGACAGGAAAAAAUUGCUUGUUCACUUCCUGUAAAGAAUGUAGAGGGCAUCUGUGUGAAGUGCGUUUCACAAGAUAUAGCAGUUGUUACUGUCUAUCGCCCAAUUUCUUUAGAAGUUUCCAAGUUCUUAUUACAAUUCGACAAGGUGAUCUCUUAUUACAAAUCACAAAGUAAGUUCUGUGUUUGUCUUGGAGACUUCAAUGAAGAUGCAAGAUCUGCUGGAUCAAUUCAAACAUUUAUGAAAAACCAAGGCUUAAAACAAAUGGUUGAUUUUAAUACAACAGAGGGAGCAACAAUUCUUGACCAUGUGUAUUUAUCAACAUCCUUACAUGCAGAAGUAAAAAAAAUAUCAACGUACUACAGUUACCAUGAUGCCGUGAUGGGCUUCCGACGUAGGACGACGAAGGAGGAGCAAGGCCGGCCAACAGAAGAAGAGGACUCCAUUACCCACCUAUGUCCCUCAACAUUGAGGAAAGCG